AUCAGAGGUUAAAAAUCAGUACCUUCUCAAACAGAUGCAGCACCGGGAGACAGGGUUCCAGAAGACUGUCCUGCGAGUAUCAGCUCAUCUGAAGUUCCUCCUCAUUUGGUCCUCGAUAUGCCAGUUUUGUCCCCAACCAUGAACAUCGCUAAAUGGAUGACAAAGGAAGGUCACAAGGUAGGGGUUGGUGAUGUUCUCUGCGAGAAAGGAGCUGACAGAGCAACCCUUGAGUUUAAAAGUCUCGUAGAAGGAUUCUUGGCCAAAAUAUUGGCACUUGAAGGUUCAAAAGAUGUGGCUGUUGGGCAGCCUAUUGCAAUCACAGUUGAGGAUGCUUAUGAAGAUUUACCCAAUAGUCAAAUUUGCAAGGCAGACUUGUUUAAGGAUGAGGAGAUACUUCUCUAUGGUGAGAAGCCUGUUACUGGAUGUGGCGCUAGAUAAAUUUAUGGCUCUACCUUCUCAUUAACAUAUGAAAUUUGCAUAAGAAUUCUCUUGGGUCAAUAUGGAUUUCCGAUUGAACUUACUGUAUUGGAUACCUGAAGAAACCCAGUGGAGAUUCCACGGGCUGAGGCUGGAGCAGAGUACAUCGUGGAGUCAACUGAUAAAGUCAAGGCUGCUACAGCUCACUUGAAGGCUGACAAGUAUGAGAAAAGGAGAUCAGUUCUCUCAAGGAAAAGCUUAUACAAGUUUGAGAAAGGAGAUUAGUCAUUUACUGAUAAACCAGAACAUUUUUUAAUUUUGUCAAUAGAUUUCGUAGUACUGUAGGACUCGUUCUGGGACUUAUAUUACUGUCUAUUUGUAAUAGUGCUUGUUUCCUUUUGGGUUACUUUACUCUUGGACCUAGUCAGAGGCAAAGCUAGAAGAUUUAGGUAGGGCUAAGCCAAAUCCACUCGUUCGUGCUUACAAUAUGCCUAUCGGUGGAGUUAGAUAUUGCACAAUCAUAAGAAUGGCUUAGAUUUUAUCUCCAGGUGGAUUGUUUAAAGAUGCUUUCUUUCUGCAUUUUUAACAACUUCAGGAUUUUUGCUGCAUCCUCUAUUCAAGAUUGAAAAUCUUCUGCCGUUGGCUAUGGGUUA